AUGAAUCUUGCCAAAAGCACGGCGAUACCGCUCGACGUGAGCAAGGGACAAAAGUUUACGCUGGUGGGCCGAAGCCGCGCUGGUGAUGGAACCUCCUUUGGAAUUCCAGAAUUAAAAUGGAUGUUCGAUUGUGGGGCUCUCGUUCAAGGAUGGAAACCCAGACGAAUAUUCAUCACUCACGGCCACAGCGAUCACGUUCAUUUUUUGCCGCACAUGAAAAAUGCCAAUAACCCGCCACCUAUUCACUUGCCAGAAGAAUUGUCACCCCAUGUCCAAGGAUUCUUUCGGGCACAUCAAGCCAUGAGUGACUGCAUGUCAGAAGACGAAAGUCAGAAUGGAGGGAAAUACGAAGAAGAUUACACGUUACAGCCGACAAAAUCUGGAGAACAAAUAGAAUUUUCACAGGGGGGCAACCAGUUCAUUGUCCAUAUCCUCAAGAUGGAGCACCGAGUGCCUUGCAUAGGCUACAGUAUCUUUAAAUUACAAAAGGCUCUCAAGAAAGAAUAUGUUGGAUUGCCAGGAAAAGAAAUAGGGAACCUGCGUAAAAAUGGUGUCGAAGUAAACGAAAUCAAAGAGGAACCUUUCCUAUGUUUCAUGGGGGAUACAACACACGCUGUCUUUGAAAGGCAUCCAGAGAUAUUCCACCACAAACUAGUUGUCGUCGAGUGUUCGUUCAUUGACGAAGGAAGCAUAGAGCGGGCCAAGACGACGAAACACAUGCAUUGGUUCGAUUUGAAACCCUACGUGGAAGCCAAUCCAGAUACCACCUUUGUCCUGAUCCAUUUCAGUUUGAAGUACAGUUCUCUCAAAAUUCGACAGUUCUUUCGCCAAGAACAAGAGACGCUUCCAAAUGUUCAUCCGCUGCUACUAGAAGAAGAAGUCGAGCAGGAAUGGAAGAAGGCCAACCCAUCAGGCGAUGGCGAAUAUCCAAAAUGUAAAAGUCGACUGAGCUUAGGAAAGAUAAGAUAG